CCUUCUGCAAUCAGAUGAUCCGUGCUUGAAGCGAGUUCCUUCUCGUUCCGUCCCUGCUUACGCAUUGCUGGCGCCAAGGGUCCAGCAUGACCUCCCGCCUCUCCUCCAGUAGUCUUCUGCUGACAGCCAGUGUGGCUCUCGUAGCCAGUCUGGGAGGUCUAUGGCUGCUCACUCCCCCAAAACCGCUCAGAGACCGUCUCAAGGGUCCCGACGAAGCUCAGGGCGAGAGUGAAAAGGUCAUGGAUCUGGACGUCUAUGGCGAGGAAGGCUGGUGGUGGUCUGACCCCGAGUUCGCCCUUAUGCUGGUGAACAGUGCUCGUAUACCGUACUUUGACAGGACCUGGAAGGCAAAGCUGCCCGGGGAGCCAAGAAGUGAGAGCAAGUACGUGGAUGUGGGCUGUGGAGGUGGGACAGCGACCGAGGCGCUGGCUAAGCUCGGAUAUAAGAUCGUAGGCGUGGACCCAUCCGAAGGGGCCAUUGAGCAGGGUCUGACGCAUGCAAAGGAGGCUGGCUUCGAUGGCGUGGACUACCAGGUUGGGUCCGCCGACUCGCUGCCCUUUGAAGACUCGUCCAUCACAGGCGUCAUCUCGAGUGACGUUCUAGAGCAUCUAGACGACCUUCAUGCGGCUCUGGGAGAGAUUAACCGGGUCCUGAAGCCCGGUGGCGUGUUCGUCUUUGAUACCAUCAACAGGACGCGGUGGUCGUGGCUGUCCACUAUCCUCGUGGCACAGAAGUGGCUUAGGAUUCUUCCAAAGGAUGCUCAUGACUGGAGACUGUACAUCACGCCUGCCGAGCUUCAGCAAGGUCUGAUCACUGCAGGUUUCGAGCCCUCGGACAUGUCAGAGUGGGUCGGCAUGCGACCAACUUUGAGGUGGCCUCAUCAGGGUCUCUACCGCCUACUCUUCCUCGGAAAGGGCUUUGGAGGGCUAAUGGAUCAAUGGAAGAUGUGUGGAAAUGACAGGUCAGCCUCAUACCUGGGGUGGGCGAGGAAGCCGUCGGUGGGGUAGGGUGAGGCAGAAGAUGACCUCAUCAUGGACUGGACUGUGUCAUAGCUUCAACUGUAUCGUAACGAGUUCACAAUCGCACGCACAGAUGCCAGU